ACCCCUCCAAACCGAUAUAUGUAUGUCAGUCAUUUGACAACCCUGUUCAGUGAACUUGAAUUUAGUUAUUUUUGUGUGCGGUGCGCCGAUAAACCGAUUUGUGGUGAAAUAUCCGUCUCGAAACUUACUCAGAAAACCGGAUUGAAGAAUGGGCAACAGCAUGUCCCAGGGAUUCGGAGUGGCCCAGGCAGCCGCCGCUCCAAGUGUUUCGGCCGCCCAGCCGGUGGCCACCGCAUCCUCACCCGCACCCGCUUCCGGCGAGAAGCCCAAGACCUGCAAGGCCUGUUGCGCCUGUCCGGAGACCAAGCGGGCACGUGAUGCCUGCAUUGUGGAGAACGGCGAGGAGAACUGCUCGGCGCUGAUCGAGGCGCACAAGAAGUGUAUGCGCGAUGCCGGCUUCAACAUCUAGAUAUCCUAUGGCCAAUGUCGGACGAGAGGACUAGCCUGCUAGUUCUAAAGAUUCCCAGUGCCAGUCCCCAGUUCCCCGGAUACCUAGUCCCUUCCACUGUUUGUUUUUGUUGCAUCUCAAGCUAAUUAUAGAACUAAAUUAAUUGAAAAUCAA